AUGUCGAGCGUCUACCACGUCGAGCCGCCGACGCGCGGCAAGGUCAUCUUCCACACGACGUACGGCGCCAUCGACGUGGAGCUCUGGUCCAAGGAGGCGCCGCGCGCCUGCCGCAACUUCGUGCAGCUGGCGCUCGAGGGCUACUACGACCGCACGUGCUUCCACCGCGUCAUCCCGGGCUUCAUGGCCCAGGGCGGCGACCCGACGGGCACGGGCGAGGGCGGCGACAGCGUCUGGGGCAAGCCGUUCCGCGACGAGACGCACGCGCGGAUCCGCUUCAACCACCGGGGCCAGCUGGCCAUGGCCAACGAGAACCGGCCGGACACGAACCGGGCCCAGUUCUUCUUCACGCUCGACGCGUGCUCCUGGCUCGACGGCAAGCACACGAUCUUCGGCACCGUCGCGGGCAACACGGUCUUCAACCUGCUGCGCAUGGGCGAGGCGGAGAUCGGCGACGGCGACCGGCCGACGGAGGUCAUCGAACUGAAGACCGUGGAGGUGCUCGACAACCCCUUCGACGACGUCGUGCCCCGCGACCUCGCCAAGGGCGAGCGCGAGGCGAAGGAGAAGGCCGAGGCGGCGCGGAAGGCGGCGAAGAAGGCGGCCUCCGUGAAGAAUCUGGGCCUGCUGAGCUUCGGCGAGGAGCAGGAGGCCCAGGAC